AGUGGCGUCCCCUCCACAUUGCGUGACCCGUUAGCCAAAUAAUGACCAAAUAAGUUAAUAAAACUGCUCAUCUUUGCUUAAGAAGUGCGUUUUUGGUGUGUGUUCUUUUAUAUUUGGAAAUCAUGCGGAAUCUGAUUCUGGCCGUUUGUGCAACGUGGCUGGUGCUGGUUAUUUGCCAAUCGGAGGCGAAGCCCCAAGGAUGCUCCAGAUGUGCAGAAUCUUACGAGAAGGAUGGAGACAAGUGUUGUGACGAUUGUGAGCCCUGUAGGUCCAGCUUCAAUAUGGAACAACCACCGGAUGGUGAUUGCAAGAAGCCAAAAAACUACCAGUUUGCUGUCCAACAUAUCAAAACCCACUGCAAGGAAGAGCAUCGGGGAUCCUUGGAUGCCGACUUCGAAGGACCUCCAGAGCAGCCAUGCAAAAAAUACUACAACAAUUACUUCAAAAUACAAAAGCCUCAUUCGCCACCGUGCCCGGAUGAGAUGGAUUAUCAUGACUUUGAAAUUGCUGCCCCGGUCGUCCCAAAACGAUGCAAAUCUUUGAAGCUAACAGCUAAAAUUGACCACCAUCCGAGACAUUGCGCCUGUGAACAUUGCACUUAAGCCAACCUGACUUCGGUGCAGAACGAACGACUCGGACAAAGAGACUGACGACCAUCGAGAGACUGAAUCGGUUAUGUUUGACUGGAUGAGAAAUCAACAGAAUUAUUUUGUCAACCU